AGUAUUUAUUUAGUAUUUAUUAGAGAAAAAAGAAGAAAAAUUUAAGAUGAAGAGUUGGAAAAUGGGAAUUAGCGUAGGUGUUCCCAACUUUCGAGAGGAGUGUUGAGAGCCAUGAAUUUGGCUGCCCCCCACCUCUCCUCUGUGCGUCUUCUUUCUUCUCUCCUUUCCUCUUAGCUUUUCCCUUUUGCUUUAUAAACUCAUUUCCACACUCCCCUCAUUCAUGUGAUACAAAAAUAAUACCCAACCCACGCAUUUCUCUCUCUCUCUCUUUCCCUCCGAUCAUGCUGCCACUUGAGCAAGAUACAACCACCACCACCGCCACCACCGCAAUCUCCCAUCCCCGCCCCGACAUCCUCAUCCAUGCCGUCCCCUCCGCCUCCGACACAUUUUCCAUUCUUCGCCAAUCCCGAUUCUCUCUUACUCUUAAGUUUGAAGACGUAUCGUAUAGCAUCAAACUCCAAACUUCCAAAAGAAGCUGUUUAAGUUUAAGGAAUGAGUCCCAAAGCAACACUACUCGGACUAUACUGAAUGGAGUUAGUGGAGUGGUUCGCUCCGGAGAGCUUCUCGCAAUGCUGGGCACCUCCGGCAGUGGCAAAACCACUCUUCUAACGGCCUUGGCUGCCCGUUUGCCGGGAAAAAUCUCCGGCGCCAUUACUUACAACGACAAACCCUUUUCCAGCUCCAUGAAGCGAAAAAUCGGCUUCGUUUCGCAAGACGACGUUCUUUACCCUCAUCUCACCGUCCUUGAGACUCUCACUUAUGCCGCCAUGCUCCGGCUGCCCAAGGAGCUGAGUCGAGACGAGAAAGUUGCACAGGCGGAGACCAUCAUUGUGGAGCUAGGCCUCACGCGCUGCCGCAACAGUGUCGUCGGCGGCGGACUUCUCAGGGGGAUCUCAGGCGGGGAGAGGAAACGGGUUAGUAUUGGUCACGAGAUGAUUGUGAACCCGAGCUUGCUUUUAUUGGAUGAACCCACUUCUGGGCUGGACUCCACUACGGCCCAGCGGAUUGUAGCCACGUUGAGAGGAUUGGCUCGUGGUGGUCGGACCCUGGUUAUGACCAUUCACCAACCCUCUACACGUUUGUAUAGUAUGUUUGAUAAGGUGGUGGUGUUGUCCGAUGGCUCCCCCAUUUACAGUGGCCCCGCGGCUCGGGUCAUGCCUUAUUUUGAGUCCAUUGGUUAUGUUCCUCCUUUCAAUCUCAUCAAUCCUGCUGAUUUUCUCCUCGAUCUUGCCAAUGGCAUAGUGCCAGAUUCAGUUCGCGAAGAUCAAGUGGAGCAUUUUCAUGGCGGAUCAUUGGACCAUCAAGAUGAUCAAAAUUCCGUCAAGCAGUCUCUCAUUGCUUCCUUCAGAAAGAACCUUUACCCCGAACUCAAAGCUGAGAUUCUCAACAAAACCAACUUCUCCACCGUUGAUUCAAGAACCGACACUCCAAGAGGGAGAAGAGAAAAUGAAUGGAUGACAAACUGGUGGGAGCAGUUUAGCAUAUUACUGAAAAGGGGAUUAAGAGAAAGGAGACACGAAUCAUAUUCAGGGUUGAGGAUUUUCCAAGUGAUGUCAGUUUCAUUUCUUUCAGGACUUUUAUGGUGGCACUCUGAUCCUUCGCAUAUACAGGAUCAAGUUGGUUUAAUCUUCUUCUUCUCAAUCUUCUGGGGUUUCUUCCCAUUAUUCAACGCCAUAUUUGCAUUCCCGCUAGAACGACCAAUGCUAAACAAAGAACGCUCCUCUGGAAUGUACCGUCUGUCAUCGUAUUACAUGGCUCGAACCGCCGGGGAUUUACCAAUGGAGUUAGUUCUUCCCACCGUUUUCGUGACGGUCACGUACUGGAUGGGGGGCCUAAACCCUUCGCUGAUCCCAUUUCUGCUCACGCUUUUGGUUGUUCUGUUGAACGUGCUGGUGUCGCAGGGCCUCGGCUUGGCUCUGGGCGCCAUUUUGAUGGAAGUAAAACAAGCCACCACGCUCGCAUCAGUCACUAUGCUUGUGUUUCUUCUAGUGGGUGGGUACUAUAUUCAGCACAUUCCUCCUUUUAUUUCUUGGCUUAAGUUUGUGUCCUUUAGCCAUUAUUGCUACAGGCUUUUGGUGGGAAUUCAGUACGAGUCCGUCAAUAAGUUGUAUGACUGCGCCACUUCAUUUGGGCUGCAUGGUGGUUACUGCAGACUGGGGGAUUUUCCUGCUGUUAAAUGUUUGGGGAUUGGGAAUCAUAGUUUGUGGUGGGAUGUGGCUGCUUUGGCUCUUAUGUUGUUUGGGUAUAGGAUUUUGGCUUUUCUUGCUUUGAAAAUGGCACAUUGAUCUCACUGAUUUUCCCUUUUUUCUGACCAUCACAACAUUGGGACAAGGAACUGCUGAGAUUUUUUUUUUCCGACUCAAAUUGGGGACUGAGAGACUUAGUUCAUUGUGUUCUUUUAGACUGGCUAAGGGAAAAUUGUAAGUUGCAUACUACAUUCAUGUAUUUCCUUUCCUAAUGUAACAUUUUACUCUGGGAAGAGUUGGAAAUAUGUAUGUAUAUUGAAGGAUGAAUUGAUAAAUUAAUGAAUCUGCACAAUUAAAUUGUGCAAUUGUUGUUUGGAAUGUU